GCUCUAUCACUCGAUGCCUCGAUGAACAUUCCUUCGCACGGUUACUCUAUUAUCCGCUCGUUGCUGCGGUUAUCCCAUUAUGAUCAACUGCUAGCCUCGCCAGCCUUGUCGUGGCUCACACUAUCCAAAUGCCUUCCUGUUGCCGUGGCAGGCUUUCUAUGUUUUGUUGACUUCCCUAUCCCCCAGGAUACAAGGACCACCGGCUCGACCUUUAAGUCCUCUUUGGCAGAUUUCUUGGGACUGGGACCUUUCAGAGCUCCAAAGGAAACAUCGGCCUCGACCAACUCAGAUCGAAUACACCAAGCGACCGAUUAGAGGAGUGCGCUAGAGAGGGGCUUUACCCCCCUCCAAUCCCUCUUUCGACGUAAUGGCCUUCACCGCGAUCCAUUACCCGGCGGACAAAGACCAAGGCCAGCUCUCGUAUUGGCCGGAGAAUGCCGAGCUAGGAGUGGCGAGCGACAACUUCUUUGACCAGUUCGUCACCUUUGACGCAACGGAUCCCAUGAUGUUGGGGAGUGGCAGCGACGGAGGCCCCAGCGGCGACUUGCUGGCAGACCCUCCAAGUCCAUCACUCUUGCUAGAUUCUCUCGAGGAGAGCUUCAACAGAUCUGCGGCCUAUGCUCAUGUCACGCAACCUGGCCAACCCCGAGAGAGUGUGGUGGUCGGAACGUCUACCGCCCGUGGGAUCCCACCGACCUCUUCCCCUCCAUCUGCCGCCCCAGAACAAAGAAGGUCUGCUCCGGUGGAGCUUGCUGACCCCUUAGGGAUAGAUCCUAUACUAAGUAGCGGAUCGAUCUCAGACUCGGAACUGCUCCGCCUAGAGGGCAUUUCUCUAAAGUCUCCCAAGACUAACGCCGCGGUACCGUCGAGUCCGCUGUUGGCAGGAAGAGUAUCCUCGAGCCCGCGGAAGCACCAUCGAGUCCUCGACUCGAUCUAUGCCACGAUUCGCCGAGCGACACAUCGAUCCAAGGCGCACAGGCCGACGGGUGGGAGCAUAGCAGCGACGAUGACGGAUGUAUUUAAGAGCAAAGGGCAGUCUUCCUACGAUAUCCCGAGCGGGUCGGAUAUGAACGAACUCUCCGACAUCAGUCAAGGAGAGAUAAAGUAUGAGUGCGAGAGGCAUGGCCCGAUCGACAGCCAAGGCCUACCCCUUUCUCCACCGCCGACCGGCAGAAUCCCUCCUACCCAGCAGCACUCAAAAAACAAUGACAUGAUGAAUUUUGUGAGCGGUCAUUUUGAAGAUCCAUUCGACGAGGGCUUGCUGGGCCCACCUGCGGUUAUAAACCCGGCCGUGGCUAAGGGCCGAGAAGCCAACGAUGAAAUGGCCACGAUAGAUACACCCGCGCUGAGCGACGAUGCGUUCUACCAACAUCUUAUGGAUACCACAGCCAGCGCUCAGUCGUACAGCCGCCCACAUCCCCAGCCGAAGCACCGGAGCACGAGCUCGGCGGAGUGGCCGAUGGAGGGCAUUCUCACCAACGAGAACACCGCGAAUAGCAUCUGGCCACCAUCCUCUCCCGGCCCUGCAACGGGCUACAUGCCGCACGAGAUGACGAGUCCCGGGUGGUGGGAUUCACCAACGCACGGAAAGGGGGCCCGUCGACAGCUCGAGCACACCAGCAGCCGCAGUCACCACAAUGGCCUGCACGCCACCGGCUCCCUACCUCAGCUCUCGGUGCACGGCCAACCGGCAGUGGACCUCCCGUACGAGUACACCCCGACGACGCCCACGCCGACCAGCACAGACCUCUCGGGGCUCAUGAUUCACAUGCCGCAGCCGCGGGCGCCAGCCGCACCCGUCCUAUCUUCUAGCAUCAACGAGUCGUUUGCCUCGUCCCAUGGCUACCCGCAUCCCCUGCACGCACCUCACCCACACCCAGCAGCGGCCGGGGGCCACCGGUACCCCUCCUCAUCCUCAUCCUCGUCGCACCACGGCCACGCGCACCACCACCCGCGGCACGGCGAGCGGCGGCCACGCCCCCGCGCGCCGUCCUCGGGCGCUCGCCACCAUCACCACCACGGCGGCGCCGCCGCGGCGGGGUCGCUCACUUCGCCGCGAAAGGCCUCUUCGUACUACGCGCUGCGCGAAGCGUCCGUUUCACCAACGCCGCAGCCCCCUCCGCAGGCGGGCGGCGGCCUACGGCACCGCGCGUCCUCGUCCUCUCUCGCCGUGCGCAAGCGCCGCUCCUGGAGCCGGCGGCACGCGAGCGGGGCGGCAGAGCCGCGCACGCCCGCGCGCAUUUCGCGGACGGGGAGCUUCGACCACGGGAGCGGCGGCGGCGGCGGCAUAUUGCUCGACGGGAACGGGUCGAGCCUCAGCGUUGGGGGCGCGAGCGGCAUCGGGAGCAGCAGCAGAAACGGGUUAGGAGGGGGGGGUGGUGGCGGCGGCGGCGGGUUCUCGAUCGAGUUCCUCAACUACACGCCGGACGACAAGAAGGUGCUGAUGAACGGGGUGGCGCCGAGCGGGUCGAGCAAGACGAAGGCGCGGCGGGAGCGCGAGGCGCAGGAGAACAAGCGCAAGAUGAGCGAGGCGGCGAUGCACGCGAUCCGCGCGGCCGGCGGGGACGUCGAGAAGCUGCGGCAGAACGGGUUCUUCGAGUGA